CAGGAGAGAGAAAGAGAGGGAUAGAAGGGAAGGGGGAGGAGAAGUACGCAGCACUGAGCCGAGGCCGCCGAGCUAUCUUUCUCUCGCUGCCCAUCCCGCCGCAAGCUCGCUCCCAGAUCCGAAGCCGGGAGGAAUCGCGCCAAGCUCCUCCUCCUAGAUGCGCGCCGCCACUUGCUGCCGCUGCUGUUGCUGCUGCUGCUAGGUUCCUUCCGCGGAGAUGCUGGGCGUCGAGGCGGACAGCGGCGGCGGCGGCGGCGCUUCCUCCUCCUCCGCCGCAGAUAGCUUUGACGCGGGGCAGUACGCCUUCUUCGGGAAGGAGCCGCGCGAGGGGCUCGAGCUCGGUUGCUUGGAGGUUGAUGGUGGCCAUGGCAAUGGCGGUGGAUUCAGCGGGGCGGAGGAGGGGCUGUACCGCCUCUCCUCGGUUGGAGAAGAGAUUGAUAAUUUAAGCAACUUGUCGGACGUCGAUGAUCUUGCGAGCACUUUCGCUAAGUUGAACCGAACAGUUAGUGGAACACGGAAUCCUGGUGUUAUUGGUGACAGACGAUCCAUCUCAAGAGGAAGUUCUUUAACUGUUGAUUGGGCUGAGGAUGCAGAAUUUCCGAAUUAUCAGGAUAUAUUAGAAAAUGAGGAAUUCCAGGAUGGUAAAAGAUGGUGGUCGCAGUCACAUUCUAUGGUGCAGCCAGGGGACUCUAAACCAUUAAGCCGAACAACCUCCUAUCCUCAGCAGCCACUGCAGCACCGUUUAAGUGAACCUAUCACAGCACCAAAGUCUCCUCCAUUUACCUCGUUUCCACCUCCAGGUGGCAGAUCACCGUAUCCUGCUCAAGGUCUUACACGUCAUGGGAGCAUUCCAUCAUUUGGAGCGGGAGUACAGAUGGGUUCUCCGAGCAUGCAGCUGCCAGGUUCUCCGUAUAAUAUGGUUGGAUUACCUCAUGGACUACCAUAUGGAGGAAGCAUGCCUUUUGGUGGUCCUAAUCUGCAUGUAAGCAAUCCAAUGCAAAAUGACUGGUCCAACCAGGCCAACCUGUUCAGUGGGGAGCACCUUAAUCUACUGCCAAACUUAUUACAGAAACAAAUAUCACUUCCGAAUAACCCAAUGUCAUCACUGCUAUUCUCUCAGCAACAGCAGAGAUUGGCGCAGCUCCAACCAUCACAUCAGAAUUACCUGAAUAUACCACCCCAUCUGUUCUACCACCAUCAUCCCCCAGAGAUGACAGGCAGGUUUGAAUCUGCUACAAGUCUUCCUUCAUCAAGAGACAAGAGAUCACGAUCAGGAAGGGGAAAACACAGUUUGCGUUUUUCUCAACCACCAUCUGAUACUACUGGUAGUCAGAAUGGUGAGAGUGGUGGACUAAAGUUCAGAUCCAAGUACAUGUCAUCUGAAGAGAUUGAGUCUAUCCUAAGAAUGCAGCACUCAGCAAGUCACAGCAGUGAUCCUUAUGUUGUUGAUUAUUACCACCAAGCUUGCAUCGCGAAAAAGGGUACUAGUACUAAGCAAAAGACCAAUUUCGCCCCAACAUCAAUGAAAGAUUUGCCUUCCAAGUCCCGGUCAAGUGGUGACCAGCAUGCAUAUCUUCAGGUUGAUGCUCUUGGGAGAGUUUCUUUCUCUUCCAUACGCAGGCCUCGGUCUCUUCUUGAAGUUGACCUUCCUUCAUCAGGUGAGGGUUCUCAUGAUCAGAAGUCUUCUGUGAGGUCUCUGGAGAAAGAACCAAUGCUGGCAGCCAGGGUCACUGUUGAAGAUGCCAUUGGUCUUCUUCUUGAGGUGGAAGAUAUUGACAGGCUCCUGCAGUCUAGCCAGGCACAGGAGAACAGUUUCCAACUGAGGCGAAGGCGACAAGUCCUCCUUGAAGGUCUAGCUGCAUCACUUCAGCUGGUCGACCCUCUUGGGCCUAGCAAGUCUGCUCAUUCAUCUGGUUUAGCCCCGAAGGAUGAUAUUGUCUUCCUUCGCAUUGUUUCUCUUCCCAAAGGACGUAAGCUUCUGGCUCGUUACCUCCGGCUUGUUGUCCCUGGAAGUGAGUUGACGAGGAUUGUAUGCAUGGCUAUUUUCCGACAUCUGAGGUUCUUGUUUGGGGGUUUACCAUCAGAUUCGAGUGCAGCAGAGACAACAGUUGCUCUGGCAAAGACUGUUUCGUCUUGUGUUCACCAUAUGGAGCUCGGUGCUCUUAGUGCUUGCCUUGCUGCAGUAGUGUGUUCAUCUGAACAGCCACCUCUCCGUCCUCUUGGUAGCUCUGCUGGCGAUGGGGCUUCUCUUAUUAUUAAAUCAGUACUGGAUCAAGCAACUGAAUUACUGACUGAUCAGAAUACUGUAUCCAGCUAUACCCCGUCAAACAGAGCUCUCUGGCAGGCAUCAUUCGACGCUUUCUUUGGGCUUCUGACAAAAUACUGUCUCAGUAAGUAUGAAAGUAUUCUGCAGAUGUUUGUCAUGCAGGCAUCGGGCUCUGUCAUUGGAUCCGAAGCCUCCCGAGCAACUAGCAGGGAAAUGCCAGUUGAACUACUACGCGCAAGCCUUCCUCAUACAAACGAACAGCAACGCCAGAUGCUGCUCGAUUUCGCUCAGAGAACCACGCCAGCCAGCAGUUUUAAUCCCCCUGGUGCUAGUGGACACAUCACUUCUGAAUCAGUUCCUGGUUGAUAUAGCUAAAGACCUCGACACAAUUGUCUUCAGAUGGUGAUUCUUAUAUCUGAAGUCAUGGGCGCCCCCCUUCAUAAGGUGUGAGCUUGGAGAAGUUCCAUGGGCUCAGAAAAUUAGCCUUAUCCAGAUUGUGACUUAAGUGUAGGUUUCAGAUUAAUCUCAUAUAGACCAACAAAAAAAGAUCCCUUUUUCUGUGGGUCAUUUAAUAUAGCACCCACCUGAUGAUCAUAAUAGACUAUGGAGACAUGUACUUAUAAAGUUGUAACUCUGCAGUGGUGAACUGGUCAGCUCGUCGGGGCAAUCUAGUUUUUAACAUUUAUGUGCCCCAGUGAAGAAGACGUAGUGAGCUGUAGCGCUGUUGUACAGGUUUGAGAACUGGGCCUUCCUGUCUGUUCUUUUUACGAGUGUGGAAGCCGCCUAGUGUCAGGUGAAGUCUGGUCUGAUCUGUUUUAAUUAGGGCCAGAUAUGCUGGAAUAAUGGGUAAGUGCUAUUUAUAGGCUCCUGGAAAGAUAUUGUUCUUCUAGUCACCCUUAAAAGAUUCUGUAGAUUUAUAUGUCCAGGUAUUCACUGAUAUUAUAGUGAAGUACUGGAACUGGAGAUGCAACUCCUCUUUGUGCUUUAUAAUUUGUUUAUGUUCUUCGUUGGU